UUUAGAAUCAUUAAAACAUAUUUUUAACAUCAAAUUCAAGGCUUGUGAUUCUUGGUUCUUCAAACAUGUCAAACACAAAACUCAACCAAAUGACCGUUUAUGAACGUAAAAACAACCUAUAUGAACAUUCUAAUCUUUAGAUAUAUCUACGGGCUUACCUCGAAGCUUAUCGAAGGUUUUGAGAAUUUUCUAGCGAAACUUCCGGCGAUGAUAACUCCCAACUCCGGCGACUUCGGUGGCCACCAACUACUGCAGCAUGUUCUCCACACUCUCAAGAACACUUUGGUACUAAACUCAUUAGUUUUUGGAGUGCUCGCUUCUCUCGUCUGUGACGCAAUCUGGUAUUGCUGCACCGUGAACAAGAUCACUUUCACUAUUCAGAUCUUUCAUGACUCAGAUACUCACUACACGAGCAAACCACCUCAGACACGUCAGCCGGACCCCAACAGCACGGGAGGCAUCGGUUCGACUCCGGACGCGGUCCAGGCACUGUUCGGCUUGGUGGUGACCACGGAGCAGCUUCAGGCGGUAGUUGCGGCACUUUCUGCCAUGGGUGGAAACGUGCCCGGUGCCGGAGCUGGAAAAGCUCUGCCCGGUCCCCACGCCGAACACGCUGCCACUUCCCAGCACAAAGGGAAGAAGACCCGGAGGAGUAGAAGGAGGCCCUGCAAGGCCCCGGCGAUCGAGGAGAUCAAGGCCUACAACGGAACGACGGACCCCCAAGAUCAUCUGUCUAAGUUCUACGCUUCCAUGGAAGCGGCGGCUGCCCCGGACAAGGUUAAGUGCCGGUGUUUUCUCGCGACGCUGGAAGGCUCCGCGUGUGAUUGGUUCAAUCGGCUCCCGAAGGGAACCAUUGACGACUGGGAUACACUGGCGGAGAAGUUCCUAACACACUUUGCGGCCAACAGAAGGCAAAGGCUGCCCUACUCCCACCUGCUCAACAUAUGCAUCCGCAAAGGAGAGAAGGUCCGCGAGUUCAUAGUCCGGUUGGAGAAGGAGGCUAGGGAAGUGCACGGGGCGGAUGACCAAGCUCUCGUGGCCAUGUUCCAAGUGGCCCUUCCCCGCGGAGAGGUAAGGAACGAGCUCCGCAAGAAUCCUCCCCCCACGUACCGAGACCUUGGCGCGCGCAAAGUUCUUAGCCUCGGAGGAGUUCGACGACGCCCCAGAUUUCGAGGUCGCGCCGGCCAAGCGAGCUCCAGCAGAUUCGGGAGAGACCGCGAAGAAGAGGAAGAAGAAGAAGGACUACACUGCGGGCCCGAGGAUGCCCUCGGCCGGAGUAUACACCGUGGGCGCCCCCGUGGGGACGGGUCGAGAGCUUGCCCUCUCCCCGCUCCCCCACGUAGAGGCCUACGCGGUGUCCAGCGGAGCCAAAGGUGGAAGCAUAUGGCCUUCGUCGCUAAGGUCCAUCAGGCACUGGCGCCCAAGCUCGGAAGACGAGAGCAAAUCCAAUUCACGGAGAAGGAUCUUCCGAACACGCCGAGCCCCCACCAGGAUGCCUUAGUCGUGCAGAUUGAGAUCAACGACGCCAUAAUGCAUCGCACCUUGGUGGACACGGGAAGCUCAGUCAACAUAAUGUAUGAGAAAACAUUCCAAGACCUCAGCUUGAACCGCAAGGACUUAAGGCCUGUGCGCACUCCUCUCUCCGGAUUCACGGGGGACUCCAUCGAGGCCGAGGGAGUCAUCGUCGUGCCCGUGAUAGUAGGGGAUGUUGUACACAAGGCCAAGCUGAAGAUGGAGUUCAUGGUUGUGAGCAUCAACUGCGUGCACAACAUGAUCCUGGGACGGCCCGGCCUUGAGGACUUGGAAUGUGUGAUCUCCCCGUACUACUUGUGCAUGAAGUUCCCCACUUCGUCCGGGAUCGGGGUGGCGAGGGGAGACCAGAAGUUAGCUUGGUCGUGCUACGUCCAAAUCACGAAGAAGUUUCCUAGGGAUGAGACGCUGGUCGUGCACGUGCAGGAGGAAAUGCACAAGCGCGGUAUCGAGAAAUGUCAAGGAGGUGCAGCGCCUGACUGGGUGGCUCUCAGCCGCUUCCUCUCCAAAGUGGCGGACCGAGCCACUCCCUUCUUCCAAGCCGUGAAGAAGUCCCGGGGAUUUGUAUGGACGGAAGACUGCCAGCAAUCCUUUGAAUCUCUGAAAUCUUAUCUCCUCUCUCCGCCGGUCCUCGCUAAGCCUGAGCCCGGAGAGACCUUGUAUCUUUAUUUGGGAGUGUCGCCCAAGGCACUAAGCUCGGUCGUAGUCCGAGAAGAAGGCGGAGCUCAGCACCCAGUAUACUACACGGCGAAGACGCUAAGGGGUCCCGAGCUCAGGUACUCGGUGGCCGAAAAGACGGUCCUGGCCGUGGUUGCAACCGUGCAGCGGUUGACGCCCUACUUACAAGCUCACCCGGUUCAAGUACUCUCCCAACGCGCCCUCUCGCAUGUCCAAGUGGGCGGUGUUCCUCGGAGCCUUCCAGAUCGAGUUCAAGCCAAGGCCAGCGAUCAAAGGCCAAGUGCUGGCCGACUUCGUGCCGGGAUGAUUGCGACAAAGCUAAGGAUAAAGUGUGAUUCGAAGUUGGUGGUUGGCCAUGUCUCGGGAGAGUUCAAGGCGAAGGACGAAAGAAUGAAGAAAUACAGAGACACGGCUCUAGAACUACUUAAAAGCUUCACCGCGUAUAGUGUCGAGCAGAUCCCCCGAGCGGAGAACGCCGAGGUGAAUAUCUUGUCGAAGCUGAGCUCGGACACGCCCGAGCACAUUAGGCGGAUGGCGAACGUCGAAAAACUGUCCGAGCCGAGCAUCCAUGCCUUCCCCGUGGCAAUGAUCUGUGCUCGGUCCAAAGAUUGGACGGACGACAUAAUUGCCUUCCUGAAGGAUGGCGCGCUCCCGGACGAUGCAAUGAAGGCUAUGUUGGUCCGGACAAGGGCACCGGGGUAUACAUUGGAAGGCGAGAAGCUAUACAAGCGAGCGUACAACGGGACGCUACUCAGGUGUUUUAGACCAACUGAAGCAAAACAAGUUAUGGAGGAGGUGCACGCCGGAAUCUGCUCCGCCCACCAGGGGGCUUACGCGGUGUCGAGGAAGAUAACCCUCUAAGGAUAUUUUUGGCCAACAAUUGCUAAGGAUUGCACGGAUUUCGUAAAGAAAUGCAAAGUGUGCCAAGAGUUCCAGAAGGUACCAGG